ACUCACCCUGCUCCCCCUGCGGAGACUCACCCCGCUCCCCCUGCGGAGACCCACCCCGCUCCCCCUGCGGAGACCCACCCUGCUCCUCCUGCUGCAACCUACCCUGCCUCUGUUCCCGCUCCUCCUGCUGCGACCUACCCGGCCUCUGUUCCCGCUCCCAGCGCGAGUGUGCCCGCGCCGGCCCCUAGCAAGUCCACUCCCGCUGCUUCGGGCCCUGCUGCUGCCACUUCCGCGCCUGCCCAGUUCACUGGUGCCGCAAGCUCCAACAAGGCUUUCGUCGCUUUCGUCGCUGGUGCCGUUGCCUUCGCUGUCCUGGCUUAA